GAACUGUGUAGGCUCUGUAUGAGUCUGUAUGGCAGGAAGCAGAUGGGACGUUUCCUUUAAAAAAAAAACCAAGGGUUUUUUUGCUUGAAAUGUGCCCAUCAGAAGAUACUGACAUGAGGAACAGCUCAACACUUUCUAUUUGGGACUCUUGUGGUAAAGACUCAAGUUAUCCAUGGCGUUCACAACAGUACGAACCAGAGUCACGGACACUUACUCUAAUCAGACCGCUGGAAAUCACUCAUCAGAUGUCUGUUCACGUGAAAGUCCUCUAAAGACAAUAAUGUUUCCCAUUCUCUACAGCAUUCUUUUUAUCCUGGGCCUGUCUCUGAAUGGUCUGGCAGCAUGGGUCUUCCUCAGGAUCCCCAGCAAAUCUCACUUUAUCAUCUACUUAAAGAACAUUGUUGUGGCCGAUAUUAUCAUGACUCUCACUUUUCCUUUUAAGAUCCUCAGCGACACGAACGUAGCAUCCAUAGGGACACGUGUCUUCGUCUGUCGCGUUUCAUCCGUGCUGUUCUACCUUACUAUGUAUAUCAGCAUUCUGUUUUUUGGCCUGAUAAGCAUCGAUCGCUGUAGAAAGACCAUGUGGCCUUUUGUCGGCACCAGCAAGAGACGCCUGCUGCACAGAAAGCUCCUCUCAGGCAUCAUAUGGGCCUCGCUCGUGGCUCUUUGCCUACCAAACAUUAUUUUGACUAGUCGUCCAAACACUUCGGCUCGCUUUAAGUGCAGUGACUUGAAGACACCGAUGGGACUACUAUGGCAUGAGGUGGUCAACCAUAUUUGCCAGGUGAUCUUCUGGGGAAACCUGAUAGUUGUGAUAAUAUGUUACGUUCUCAUUUCAAAAGAGCUUUACAAGUCUAUCGCUCGAACGAGAUCUCAACGUGCAGUGAGCCAGGGACAGCAGAAGAAAUCCAGUAUACAGGUGAAUGUGUUCCUUGUAUUGGCCGUCUUCUUCGUUUGCUUCGUACCAUUUCAUUUUGCCCGAGUGCCGUACACCAUCAGCCAGACAAGAGGAAAGAUGUUUAACUGCCAGGAGAAGUUGUUAUUCUUCCAGUUGAAGGAGAGCACGCUGUGGCUUUCCUCUCUCAAUGCUGUGCUGGAUCCACUCAUCUACUUCUUCCUCUGCAAGUCUUUCAGGAGAUCUCUCUUUAACACUCUCCGUAUCUCUCCUGGAUGCUGCAUAGAUCUCGGGACAGACUCGGUCAGCACCUGACUGGGUAAUACACAAACAUGAUAGAGAACUUUUCUAUUUUAUGAUUUCUGAAAAUUCCCUUAUAAUAUGAUCGUGGCAGUGAGCUUUUCUAUAUGUUUAUCCUGAGAAAUUAUAUGUGCUUAAACUGACUCGUGCUUUGUUACAGCUACAUUAAUAAUCUCAUAACACCUGUCAAUAUUUCACCUCCAAAACCAAAGAAAAAUUUUAUUUUUUUAAGAUCACAUAAUAAGAUGUUAAAUUGUUUAAAGUAGUGAUUUUGUUGUACUGCUUUUAUUAAUACUGCUGUUAUUUAAUAUUACUAAACAUCAGACAUGAAGAAAGAAUCCCAUUUUUAAAUGUUUGGAUUGCAGUAGUAAUUUUGGUAACACUUUAUAAUAAGGUUUAUUAGUUAACAUGAGUUAACUACAUUAGUUAACAUUUAUUAAGUGUGCUUGCAAAAUAAAUAUUAUUAUUCCGACCUAAUUUUUGGCCAGCUCCUGUGACUAGACCUUUUGACACAGAGACACCGUUCAAACUUUAAAAUGUUCGGGCAGUGCCGGUCUUAGUUGCUUGAAAACCUGAUGUCACAAAUCCAUGUCGUUCUUCCGCCAUAUUGGAUUGAACAGAAAACCUUAAAAAAGAUUUACAUGUCACAAAUUUUGUCAGAACUUCACGAAACUCGACGUACAGGAUCCUUGGAUUUUUGGAAGCGUUUGCCCAUCACAGCCCAAAAGAUACCUGUGGAGUAGUCACCAAACAGGAAGUAGUUUAUAUCUCAGGAACGCUUUCACAUAUUGAAACCAAACUUUCUACAUUAAUUUUGGUCUCCAAUGUGAGGAUGCACAAGAUAAAAAACUCAAUUGGCGGCACCAGAGCAAGCACACUUUUGCAGUUCUUCCGGAAAUACAUUUUCUAGUUAAUCUUUGUUAUUGUUAAUUUCAACAAUUACUUAAACUUAAUGAAAAUCUUGUUAACCUUGGUUAAUGCACUGUGAACUUUCUAUUAACUAACAUUAACAAAGAUUUAUAAAUACUGUAACAAAUGUAUUGCUCAUGGUUUGUUCAAUGUUAACUAAUGAACCUUAUUGUAAAUGAAAAAAAUUGCUUAAUUGUAAUGCAAAUUAAGAUCAAAUUUGGCGUGCAAAAUAUGUUUUAUUUCUGCAAAAUACUAUUUUUCUUAUGUUUUGAUGAAAUUAAUUUAUAUACAAACACAUGUGCUGUUUUUCUUUAUUCAAAAAGCUUUAAUACAAACUGAGAGAACUGAGUUCAAAUCAAAUGAGAAUAAUGUUAGAUUUAACAAGGUUUAACUUCAUCGAUAAAAUGAAUGCAGAUUUUGUUAUUUCCAUAUGUAACACAAUCAUGUAUUUUACAAAUAAAAAUAUUAAUAAUGAUAUAUAUAUA